AUGUUAAACAAUAAUAGUGAAAAAGUUGAUAUGAUUUUAAUUUAUGGUGAGUGUAAUAAACAUUGUCGGGAGGCUGCAAGGGUUUAUGCAAAUCGAUAUCCCGAAAGAUAUCAUCCACCGCAUAAUUUUUUUUUAAGAUUAGUUAAUAAUUUACGAACUUACGGGACUUUUUCGAUAAGAUAUGCACAGAGACAACCACUACGCAAUAUGGAACAAAAUGAUGAUCAGGAAAAUGAAAUAAUUGCGUACAUUCAAUUAAAUCCUCACUCAUCUUUAAGACAUGUUGCUAGAGAAUUUGGCUUUUCAAAAACAAAGGUACACAAAAUAUUCAAAAAAUACAAGUUACAUCCUUAUAGGGCUGAUCUAGUUCAGCAUUUACGCCAAGGUGAUAACGAACGUAGAUUAACAUUUAUUGCAUGGAUAACAACAGAAAUUAAUAACGACCCAUUAUUUUUAAAUUACAUUUUGUGGACCGAUGAAUCAAAGUUUACCAAUAAUGGCGUUUUAAAUACCACUGUUGUUUAUGCAGAUCCACCAGCAAACUUACAGGAUUUAAAAAAUAAAAUAACGGUAGCUUGCAGACAAUUAACGAAAGAACAAAUUUUGGCAGCAACCUUUAGAGAAGUGAGUCGUCGAUUGGAAAUGUGUUUAGAAAAAAACGGAGGAAAUUUCGAACAUUUUAUUAGAUGA